CGCCGAUUCCACUACUCUGGUCACGCUAAUGUUGUUCAUGACACACGUGUAGAGCAGGGGGACAUACUGAACUGAGAGGGAGAGUGUGUCGGAAUCUGGACAUUUUUCGACGGAGCUUCAAAAAGCCAUCAGACGACAGCUAGACGUUUAGUUCUGGGAAAAGGAGAACGUUUCAGCGGUCGGGGAAAAAAACGGGUGUCGUAUUUCGCUCGUAUGAGGGAAGGGUGUAGAUGGGACUGUCUCAGCUCUGAGCCAUGGAAUGCCCCCUCCGUCCGCCACUAGCCUGCUCUUCUCCACAGACUGACCUCCAGACACUUAGUUAGCGACACGUUGCUCCCCUCCAUCUGAACACAACCAGGAAGGGGAAGAAGUCACAGCAGAGCUUCGUACGCACAGAGGAAAGGUUUUACAGCUCCUCUCCAACAUAUUAACAGCUAGCUCACCGUAGCUAGUUAGGCUUAGUUUUCCCUUGUUUUCUCUGUGGAUUUGGGAUUUUUAAUAUUUUUUAUAGAGAGUCAAGAUGGUGGAUUUACAGGAGUACCUGUGGAUGGUGAUCCUGGGCUUCGUCAUAGCCUUCAUUCUUGCCUUCUCUGUUGGGGCCAACGACGUGGCCAACUCGUUUGGGACGGCGGUGGGGUCGGGGGUGGUGACUCUGAGACAGGCCUGUAUCCUGGCGUCCAUCUUUGAGACGUUGGGUUCCAUGCUGCUUGGAGCCAAGGUGGGGGAGACCAUACGGAAAGGCAUCAUAGACGUCAACCUCUACAACGAGACGGUGCCUGUUCUCAUGGCGGGGGAGGUCAGCGCCAUGGUCGGGUCAGCGAUUUGGCAGCUCAUCGCCUCUUUUCUCAAACUACCCAUCUCCGGGACGCAUUGCAUCGUUGGAUCGACCAUCGGGUUCUCCAUGGUGGCCAUCGGCACCAAGGGUGUCCAGUGGAUGCAGCUGGUCAAGAUUGUUGCGUCCUGGUUCAUCUCUCCCUUGCUGUCUGGACUGAUGUCGGGGUUCCUCUUCUUCCUCAUCAGACACUUCAUCCUCAGUAAGGAUGACCCUGUCCCCAACGGUCUCCGUGCCCUGCCAGUGUUUUACGCCUCAACGAUAGGCAUCAACGCCUUCUCCAUCCUCUACACUGGCGCUCCAUUGCUAGGUCUGGAGAUGUUACCGGUGUGGGCUAUAGCUCUGAUCACGCUGGCGGGGGCUCUGGUCUGUGCUGCCGUGGUCUGGUUCGCUGUCUGCCCCUGGAUGAGACGGAAGAUAACAAGUCGCAUGAAGAAGGAGCGCGCUGCCUUGUCACGUAUCUCAGACGAGUCCUUAGAUCAGAUCCCAGAGGAGGAGGAGGACACUCCCGUGUUCAAGGAGCUACCGGGCGCCAAGAUGACGGAUGACGCUGUGCUGCCGUUAACGGGUGGCACCGGAGGAGAGUCACGGAGAGGAGAGGCCACCGGGGAGCUCAACAGCCUGGCCAAUGGAGGCACUGUCCUGCCCAACGGACGGGUCUACGGGCGGACCCACUCCAUGACCAACGGUACCCUGUCCAUGUCCAAGUCCCCACUGUCCAACGGCAGCUUCACCUUCGGUGGGGAACACAUCCGCAGCGACGGUCAAGUGUACCACACGGUUCACAAGGACUCUGGUCUCUACAAAGACCUGCUCCACAAGAUCCACCUGGGACGACUGGAGGACGACCACUCCGCCCCCACGCCAGACAACAACUACCGCCUGCUGCGUCGCAACAACAGUUACACCUGCUACACGGCCGCCAUCUGUGGCAUGCCGGUCCAGCCGCUGAUCCGCUCCGAGUCUCGCGAGGCCCGAGAGGACAGUGAGAAGCUGGUGGGGGAGGGGGAGAGGUCGGGAAGCGUGUCCUACACCAAGAAGAGGGUCCGUUACGAUAGUUACUCGUCGUACUGUAACGCCGUGGCGGAGGCCGAGAUCGAGGCGGAGGAGGGCGGCGUGGAGAUGAAGCUGGCGUCUGACCUGGGGGGCGAGGAGGCAGGGGCGCCCGGGGCUCCCAUCCCACUGGAUGACUCCGCAGAAGAGGAUGAAGGGGAUAAGGACAAGCCGACCGUCUACCUGCUCUUCCACUUCCUGCAGAUCCUCACCGCAUGCUUUGGAUCCUUCGCUCACGGAGGCAACGACGUCAGUAACGCCAUCGGCCCGUUGGUGGCGCUGUGGAUGAUCUAUGAACAAGGCGGGGUGAUGCAGGACGCCGCCACCCCCAUCUGGUUGCUGUUCUACGGGGGCAUUGGCAUCUGCUGCGGCCUCUGGGUUUGGGGGCGCCGGGUGAUCCAAACCAUGGGGAAGGACCUCACCCCCAUCACACCUUCCAGUGGAUUCACUAUAGAGCUGGCUUCAGCGCUCACUGUUGUGUUUGCUUCCAAUAUCGGAAUCCCAGUCAGUACCACACACUGCAAGGUGGGCUCGGUGGUAGCGGUUGGCUGGAUCCGCUCCAAGAAGGCGGUUGAUUGGCGGUUGUUCCGUAACAUCUUCCUGGCGUGGUUCGUCACGGUGCCGGUGGCGGGGCUGUUCAGCGCUGCGGUCAUGGCCCUGUUCGUCUACGGCAUCCUCCCUUACGUCUGAGGUAGCGAGGAGAGAGGGAGUAAAGACGAGAUGGAGGGAGAGGGGAUGGUAAAGAAAGAGGAGAUGCAACGAAUGAGGCUAGUAGGAGAAAAGAGAUGGAUGGAGUGGUUAAUUAAACUGUCUAGAGGGGAGAAGGAAAGAGUUAGAUCACACGCUGCCUGGGUUCUGGUCCUGAAGAGGGUUAGAUCACACGCUGCCUGGGUUCUGGUCCUGAAGAGGGUUAGAUCACACGCUGCCUGGGUUCUGGUCCUGAAGAGGGUUAGAUCACACGCUGCCUGGGUUCUGGUCCUGAAGAGGGUUAGAUCACACGCUGCCUGGGUUCUGGUCCUGAAGAGGGUUAGAUCACACGCUGCCUGGGUUCUGGUCCUGAAGAGGGUUAGAUCACACGCUGCCUGGGUUCUGGUCCUGAAGAGGGUAAGAUUACAUGGGUUCUGGUCAAGAGACUUGUUGACUUCUAUGCUGAAGGAAUCUUGUUUUAUUUUUUUAUUUUUUUGCAUAAAAAAAACUAAUAUGUUGAAUCUUAUAAAACAACCUGCUGUACAGAUGCAUAUUAUGGACAGACGUGUUACGGACAGAUAUACGUUAACACACUAGGAUUCAACUGUUCUACAGGCAAUAAUAUGAAAAGACAAAUGCAGUCAACACAAUGUUUCGGUCCUCACUAGUUAACACAGUUAAAAUUAUAUUUUAUCUUUAUAUAUAUAUAUAUAUAUAUAUACAUACAUAUCUUUCAUUGCGUUAAUAGCGGCUGCCUGCAGUAGGAGACAACGGUGUAGUCGGUUCAGUAGCUAUCCUUAAUGCCCAAAAUAUAUAUAUAUUUUUUUACAUAUUGUAAUAUUGGACUACAAUAUGCUUUAGCUUUAAAACAAAAGAUGUGUGUUGUUCAACCAAACCACUCUGACCCUUCAUAGCCUACCUUUACCUUUUACUGCCCUUACAUGCUAAACAGGAAGGUAGGUCUUGUUGCCACGGCGACCAUAAAACCCUCCCAGGGUGCUGGGAUUGCGAAACAAAAAUUAUUCCAAAUGUACAGUACCAGUCAAAAGUUUGGACACACCUACUCAUUCAAGGUUUUUUUAUAUAUUUUUUACUAUUGUCUACAUUGUAGAAUAAUAGUGGAGACAUCAAAUCUAUGAAAUAACAAAUAUGGAAUCAUGUAGUAACCAGAAAAGUGUUACAAAUCAAAGUGUAUUUGAGAUUCUUCAAAGUAGCCACCCUUUGCCUAGAUGACAGCAUUGCACACUUUUGGCAUUCUCUCAAUAAGCUUCACCUGGAAUGCUUUUCCAACAGUCUUGAAGGAGUUCCCACAUAUGCUGAGUACUUUCUUCACUCUGCAGUCCAACUCAUCCCAAACCAUCUCAAUUGGGUUGAGGUUGGGGUUAUUAUGGAGGCCAGGUCAUCUGAUGCAGUACUCAUCACUCUCCAUAUUAGUAAAAUAGACCUUACACAGCCUGGAGGUGUGCUGGAUCAUUGUCCUGUUGAAAAACAAAUGAUAGUCCCACUAAACACAAACCAGAUGGGAUGGUGUAUCUCUGCAGAAUGCUGUGGUAGCCAUACUGGUUAAAUGUGCCUUGAAUUCAAAAUAAAUCACAGACAGUGUCACCAGCAAAGCACCAUCACACCUCCUCCUCCUUGCUUCAUGGUGGGAACCACACAUGCUGAUAUCAUCCGUUCACCUACUCUGCUUCUCACAAAGACAUGGCGGUUGGGACCAAAAAUCUCACAUUUGGACUCAUCAGACCAAAGGACAGUUUUCCACCAGUCUAAUGUCCAUUGCUCACGUUUCGAAGCCCAAACAAGUCUCUCCUUAUUGGUGUCCUUUAGUAGUGGUUUCUUUGCAGCAAUUUGACCAUGAAGGCCUGAUUCACACAGUCUCUUCUGAACAGUUGAUGUUAAGAUGUGUCUGUUACUUGAACUCUGUGAAGCAUUUAUUUGGGCUGCAAUUCCUGAGGCUGGUAACUCUAAUGAACUUAUCCUCUGCAGCAGAGGUAACUCUGGGUCUUCCAUUCCUGUGACAGUUUCAUCAUAGCGCUUGAUGGUUUUUGCGACUGCACUUUGAAGAAACUUUCAAAGUUCUUGAACAUUUUCCAUAUUGACUGACCUUCAUGUCUUAAAGUAAUGAUGGACUGUUGUUUCUGUUUGCAUAUUUGAGCUGUUCUUGCCAUAAUAUGGACUUUGUCUUUUACCAAAUAGGUUUAUCUUCUGUAUACCACUCCUACCUUGUCACAACACAAUUGAUUGGCUCAAACACAUUAAGAAGGAAAGAAAUUUCACAAAUUAUCUUUUAACAAGGCACACCAGUUAAUUGAAAUGCAUUCCAGGUGACUACCUCAUGAAGCUGGUUGAGAGAAUGCCAAGCGUGCAAAGGUGUCAUCAAGGCAAAGGGUGGCUACUUUGAAGAAUCUCAAAUAUAAAAUAUAUUUUGAUUUGAUUAAUUAACACUUUUCUGGUUACUACAUGAUUCCAUAUGUUUUAUUUCAUAGUUUUGAUGUCUUCACUAUUAUUCUACAAUGUAGAAAAUAGUCAAAAUAAAGAAAAACCCUUGAAUGAGUAGGUGUAUCCAAACUUUUUGACUGGUACUGUGUACAGUAUAUCUUUUUUGUUAUAUUUUAUUAGGAUCCCUACAAGCUAUUGCUGAAGCAUCAGCUACUCUUCCUGGGCUCCACAUGAAACAUGACAUCAUACAGAACAUUCAUUGACCAGAACAGACGUUACCAUAGAAACCAGUUACCAGAAGAUGGCCCAAUUGAACUGCGUUCUGUGUGUUUGUUUUAAAGAUGGAAACCCAGUUUUUAUUUUAUUUUUUUUAAAUGUGUUCUAUAUUGUCAUUUGUACUGUAAACUAUCAUGGGGUUUUACGUAUUUUAGAUUUGUCUUUUGUCUUUUAUGAAUACUUUUUGUUUUCACUCUGGGUGAGGUAUAGAAUACACCCGUUAUUCUGUCUGACCGUUUCAUUUAUUCUUUAACAUUUUAACUGAGCACAUGGGGGGGGGGGUGCUUUCUCAUUUUGUUCAUUUCAGAAUAAUAUUUUACCAAAGAUCCUGAGGAAUCCCUUUUUUUAAAAAUCAGUUUCUGAACCAUCACUUAAAAAAAAAAAAACGAUUUGACUAUUUGUAGCAGUUUAACAAAAAAACUGUUUCCUUCCUGUAGUGAACUGAUGUUCUCUUGUGUUCCAAGUACAGUAUUAGAGGUGUGUGUGUGUGUGUGUGUGUGUGGUAGGACAGCUCAACAGGGUGCGUUACACCAAGCCAAAGUAAGCUGCCGUACUUGCUGUCAUAGCAAAAUGCCAAUAUCACACAGACACAUCAAAGUGUAGCAGCAGCCAAAAUACUGACUACACACACACACACCGCCUUUAUAAGCCCCUAAUACCAGCUAGUCACCUGUAUUCAGACUACACACACACACACCGCCUUUAUAAGCCCCUAAUACCAGCUAGUCACCUGUAUUCAGACUACACACACACACACACCGCCUUUAUAAGCCCCUAAUACCAGCUAGUCACCUGUAUUCAGACUACACACACACACACACACCGCCUUUAUAAGCCCCUAAUACCAGCUAGUCACCUGUAUUCAGACUACACACACACACACACACCGCCUUUAUAAGCCCCUAAUACCAGCUAGUCACCUGUAUUCAGACUACACACACACACACACACCGCCUUUAUAAGCCCCUAAUACCAGCUAGUCACCUGUAUUCAGACUACACACACACACACACACCGCCUUUAUAAGCCCCUAAUACCAGCUAGUCACCUGUAUUCAGACUACACACACACACACACCGCCUUUAUAAGCCCCUAAUACCAGCUAGUCACCUGUAUUCAGACUACACACACACACACCGCCUUUAUAAGCCC